AUGGCCGAGGAUGACCCGGAACAUGACGGUGUCAUGGUGGUUAAAGUGACUGGGCAGGGCGCCGAGUCGCUGGCGAGGACCUGGUGUAGCGAGAGAGGAAAGAAUUCGGUCAUUCGGCUGGUGAAAUUCAUGCUCAAAGCCAAAUUAGCGGCAUGGCUCCGGCUGGCAUGCCGGCAGGAUGACGAAGAACGGGUUAAUGUACACUGUACAGUUUCUUCGUCGAUGAAUUACUUGCGCAGGGCUGCCUUCUUGUCCAAGCCAGCCUUCUGA